UCCAUCACUCACUCCAUCGACUCCUUCCACUCCCGAGCAAUGGGGACUCAACUGCUGCCGGCGGCGGCGGCGGCGGCUGCACCUCCAGCAAAACGCCCGUCGAUCCCGUCCACCACCACCACUAGCAUCACCACCGCCGCCAACGGAAGCACCACCACCACCACCAAAACCACCUCCACCUCCGCCGAUGGCACCACUACCAUCACAAUCACCACCACAACCACGGCCACGGCCACCGCCACCACCACUAUAUCGUCCCUCAGAGAAGACGACCUCCGUGAGAUCUUCCUCCGCCUCCCGGACCUCCGGGCCCUCAUCCGCGCCGCGCUCACCUGCCGCGCAUGGCUCGGCGCCGUCCGCGCCUCCCGGCCCUUCCGCCGCCUGUUCCGCGCCCUCCACCCGGCGCCGCUGCUCGGGCUCUUCAUCCCAAUCGACGGCAGCGCCACCCCCUCCUUCGCCCCGCUGCGCCGCCGCUCAGAUCCGGACGUCACCGCCGCCCUCCGCGGCGGCGACUUCUUCCUCACCUCCCUCCCGCUCGAGGCCGACCCGCCCAAGGGCUGGGGCCUCAUGGACUGCCGCGGCGGCUACCUCCUCCUAUGGAACACGCUCUCCCUCGCCGCCGUGAACCCCAUGACCUGGGCCGUGGACAUCAUCCCGAUGCCCGGCGACGAUGUCAAGGCUGGGAGUCGCCGCCAUUUCUCCUUCCUUGGUUUCCAUCUGCUGUGCUCCGAUGAGCACCCCUCGUCGUUCCGCGUGGUCUGCGUCUGCUCGAACCCGCGAAGGGUCCGUGCCGCCGUCUUCUCGUCGGAGACGUGGGAUUGGGUCGUCCACCCGUGGGUGCACGUCGGCGGUAACCGCAGCCUGAAGUUCAAUGCUGGUACGCUGGCGAAUGGUUCCAUUUACUGGCCUGUCGACGGUGAACCCCGCACGAUUAGGAUAAACACGGCCACCAUGGAUGUCUCCUCUGUGGAUCUACCCUCUGAAGUGAAGGUGCACGGAUUCAAUUUCAGCGCCGGGGACACCAAGGAUGGCCAACUAUGCAUCGUCUAUGAAUCGGAUUUCUUCCUUCAUGUUUGGAUCCGUGGCGUGGACGGUGAUGGAAUCGAGAUUUGGGUCCCGCACACUGUAAUCGAUUUGAGUGCAGAAAUUGAUCGGGUCACUCAUGGGUUCGCUCUCGACUUGCACGGCGACCUCAAGGUUAUGGAAGUUAGGUCUGGAUACAUCUACUUGUCCACGACAUGCUUGACCCCUGCUGGCACACUCCACUGCUGGUUCUUCUCCCUUUCAUUGGAGACCCUGGUGCUUGAGUUACUGGUCUCGGGGAAAUUUGACGGUUGUGCCCAUCUGUAUAAUAUGGCCUGGCCUCCUUCUUUGGUUGCUGAUGAUGGGAGCACUGGACAUGAAGUUGAAGGUUCUCAUUGAAGUCUGCAGCUGUUUGUCAUACGAGGAAAUGGAUGGAAGUGUGUGGGACUACUGAAGUAGUAAGAUCAGGGAGCUAUGGAGCGUGGUGCGAUGAUGCUCAGGAAGAACGCCACCAAUAUGAUGGGGAUCUGUACAGCGGUGCCUUAACCGUGGAGCUGCCAGGAUCCAUUUGGAGGCCUUGUAACCCAGUGUUUAUUUAUUUUUCUGUCUCAUUGCUCCUUUGUGAGCGCCGAACUCCUUGCUCCUGCGCGAACCUUAAACUGUUGUUGGAUAGUGGUGUGGUCUGGUUUUCGCCCCACAGUGGGUGUUUUGAUUGCGAGCGCUUUCCUGCCCAUUUAA